GGUGUGUGAUUACUGUUGUAAGUAUUAUCAUGAAGUAAUCAUGCACUUGCAAAUGCCAAAAAUAAAUUUUACUUCCCUUGUUAUUCUUUAAUGAAAUUUGUCUGAAUAUACGCGUCCGGCUCUGUGGUGUAGUGGUUAAGCGCCUGCUAGUGGGUACCGAGUUUAAAGAGCUACUUUGCGAUUUUACCUAUUUUUAGCAAAACAUGAGUUUUCUAAGAUAAAAUUUGGCGCUAAUACUAUUUUGGUGCCAUAUUUUGCCUAAAAACAAUUACUUUUUGAGUUGUUGGUUAAUUUUGAAAAUCGGCCUAUUUAAGUCAGAAAAAUUGGCAAAAUUCCACGUGACGUCACAAGUCCUUUAUUUUUCGCGCGAGUACUGCAGCAUUGUGCACCAGAACGCUCUGAGGCUUUUUAAAACAUGGCUACAACAUCGUUACUGGAAUCAGAUUACAGUCAGCCAUUUUGUGUUGUAAUGCACUGUGAUGCUGAAAGGGAAAAGUUUCGUUGCACUACUUUCCUAAAAACAAAAAAUUGCGACAAAAGUGGAACACGUUUGUUGGAGUGACACGAAAAUGGAAUGGCCCUAAGAAAAAAUCGUGUAUUUGUAGCGACCAUUUUAAGUCAUCGGAUUUUAAAAAUCGGAUGCAGUUUGACCUGAAUUUCGCUGACAAAUUACUUUUGAAUUCUGAUGCCAUUCCAUCUGUGUACCCCAAAUCCAGAAAAUCUUCACUUCAAAACCUAAAUUCCUAUACAAGAUCUGCUUUCUCAAAACGCGGAUUUUAAAAAUCGGAUGCAGUUUGACCUGAAUUUCGCUGACAAAUUACUUUUGAAUUCUGAUGCCAUUCAAUCUGUGUACCCCAAAUCCAGAAAAUCUUCACUUCAAAACCUAAAUUCCUAUACAAGAUGUGCUUUCUCAAAACGAGAAGUAAAACGAGUAAGUAACAUUUUCCUAAUGUAAUAGUAUGUAAUUGCAGUUAUUUCCAGAUAAACUAUAAUGAUCUAAAAUGAGCAGUUAAUUAUAUUGAUACAAGUUUAUAGGUCAAUUGUACAAUAGCUACAUUCAAACGCAUCAUUCUGUUAGUAUUUUUUAAUACUUUAACAGUUUUACUCUGCAAUUGUGUAGAUUUUGGGGGAUAGCACAGCCAGCAAUGAGUCAACAGAUCACAUGGAUAAAUUUAUUACUACCAGUACCAGUAGUGAUUAUAUUGAUGAAGAACAAGCAGUCAUAGAAAAAGUGAAGAAAGUUAUAUGCUCACAGUCACAGGAAUGUUUACAAGUCACAAGAAAAAAUGUUGAAUCUCAGUGAUCUCCUGAAAAUCAUUCUGUUUCUACGCAGACAAAGCCACAACUUAAAAAUCAAGGUUUAUUACAGAUAAUGAUGUUGCGAAGCGGCAUGACAGGGUACAAAUUGGUACAGCGUACAGCUUUAUUCUAGUUUAUUAUAGUAUAUCCGUCUUAGUUUGUGUUGGGAGGGUAAUUAAAAUUCAAUCCACAGGAUUCAAAAUCCUCAGUGCUAUUGCAGAAUAUGUACCUUAUGAAACAGCUGAAUAUGUACCUACUGAAACAGCAUUCUUGCUAAUAAUUUGACAAUGAAUUAUAGGAACCCAAACCAAGCGUGUUUACUUGAAAGUUAAAAGAAAAAGGCAUGCCUCUUCAUCUCUACCACCUUGUUACGAACCAAAUACCCCGGAAAAAAUAAGAGUGAUUGAAAGAGCUAGUGAACAGUCUGAUUAUUUCCCAAGCCCUGUAAAAACAAAUAGGUAAGUACAGUACUAUAUCCAAUUCAUUACUGUUAUACAAAAAAGUAUCAAAGAAAAGAAUUUUAUAGUAUUGGUAUUCAUAAAGGAAAAUAAUCCAUCCAGAUCAGCUGAUGAUUUUCUUCAAGAUGCAAAGUAUGUUGUCACAAAGUCGAAAUUACAUGAAUUAUUCCAAACAUGUUCCAUUUGUAGCUCAGAUUGUGUAGUUGAUUAUAAGUGCAACGGAACAUGGUUAACAGUAAGUUUUAUUACUUUUGUUUGUGAACCAUUGUCACAUACUGAUAAUAAGAUUUACACCUUAAAACUAGCCAUAUAAAAAUACUAGUACUGUAGGUCUGUAGAGUAUUUCUUGUGUUGUUUUUGGGCUUCUUUUUCAUUGACAGUUUAUCCUAAUGCACUGCAAAUUCAAUCUACUUUAGGUUGAUCAAAAAUGCAUGAAAAUAGAUUGUGGUAACUCCAGAACUUGGACAAGUCAACAAUCAUACAAUGAGUGGAAGCAGCCAUUGAAUAUCUUGUUGCCGGGACUGAUACUUGCUGCUGGCAUCUCUGCUACAAAAUUAAUCCAGGCAUUUAAGGCUGUUAAUUAAACCUGGAUAUCAGAAUCCACAUACUAUAAAUAUGUAAACAAUAAUGCAUAUCCUGCUGUAUUUCAAUUGUGGAAAGAUGAGAAGAAGGACAUCAUUAAAACAAUGACAACCCGGCAGCAACCACUCAUUAUUGGAGGGGACAUGCGAGCAGACACUCCAGGUCACUGUGCGAAAUUUGGCACAUAUUCAUUUCUAGAGCUGAAUAUCAACAAGAUAAUUUCUACACAACUUUUACAGAGCAAUGAGAUUGGCAAUUCUAAUGCAAUGGAGAAGCAAGGGUUCAUAAGAUGUCUAGAAGAUCUGCAACAAUAUGAUUUAAGACCACAUACUGUUAUUACUGACCGUCACCUACAAAUUGCAAAAUAUAUCAGAGAAGAGCAAAAUGACAUUGUUCAUCAUUACGAUGUCUGGCACUUAGCCAAAGGAUUAGAAAGAAAACUCCUGCCUCUUUCCAACAAGCAUCCGGAGUUAAGACCAUGGCUUAAAUCUAUUAUUGGUCAUCUAUAUUGGGCUCCAGCAUCGACUCCAUCUGACUUGGAUGAAGAUUCCAAGCAAAAUAUUGUUUUGGCUAAAUGGAUGUCGUUGACCAAUCAUGUUGUGAAUCGGCACAGUCAUGACAAUGAAUAUUACCCUUCAUGUAUACAUGAAGAAUCCCCACUGGAUACAAAAUGGUUGCACGAAGAUGACAUUGGAUACAAAAAGUUAAAAGAGAUUACAUUAACCAUCAAACCAGCAGCAUCGAAUCCUUCCACAGUCUUAUUUUACAAUUUUCUCCAAAGAUGAAGACCUUUUCUUAUAAAGGCAUGCUCUGCAGACAACUUUUGGCGGCAUUACACUACAACGAAAAUAGCGACCAAGAAUUCAUUUUGGAUGGUGAUGAUGACCCUAAGCUUUAUGCAACGUUUCCAAAGAAAAAACACAAAGAAGGGACAUACUCAAUAAGGACAAAAAAACUGAUCCCACGCAUAGUAAGUCCCUUUCACUAUUAUUAUUCUUUACCUUUUUGUUCAUUGAAUUAUUACAGGAAGUACUACAUACCAUUUUUGUUUUAAAUUAUGUUUUUUGUGACACUAAUGAUUUAAUUGGAUUUUUAUCAUAAAAUCAACUAACUACAUAAAAACCAAAUGAAAGUGUUGGAGCAACAAUUUUUCACUGAAAUCAACACACCUGAUCAUUUAAUUGCAACCUUUCAUCACCCAACCAAAGAGGAACUUCACUCAAAUUAUAGAAAACGAUUUAAAUGAAGAAUAAUCUGUUUAAUAGGCCUUUCAAGUUUACAAAUUUGGCAAUAAAAAUCCAGUGUACGAAUUUGUACCAUCAGGAAAAGUAUUCCGUAUUGCAUUGACAACACAUGAUGGCAAUACAACGCGAUUCUGUCUCCCGGUCCUCCGCCAACACCACUCUACAAAACUGCGAUAUGCAAUGUAUCUAUAUUUCCUAAAAAUAUAUUCAAUUAAAUAAAAAAGCAAAACUUGACAUUACAAAAACGUACUCAUUUAAUUCUCCUCUAAUCUCGUCAUCUUCUUUGAAUCGCCAAUAAGCAUUUUUUAGAUAAUGAACAUUAAGGACAAUAAUUUUGAAUGCCUCACUGCAAGUUAUGCAUUCAACUUUAUAUUCCUGGAUUUUGUCUAAAACUUUCAGCUGUUCUUGGCAACACUGACAUUCCGCAGAAGUAUCCAUGAUACAACAAUUACUGCAUUUACACCUGGAAAUAGACUAACUACUUAGCUUUAAUUUAAAUUCUAAAAAAAUUCAACUGACAAACCAUGUUAAAUUUUCCCUUCUCUCACAAUAAGUUUGCGUUUCUGCUCAGCGAGCUGCCAUCUUCUCUUCAGUAAACCUCGGAUCUUGCACGAAUAUUUUGAGGACUUGCGACGUCACCAGCCUAAAUAUAACAUUUCUAUUUCAGGUAAAUAAAUAAAAAAUGACGAAAAAUUAAACCGUUAAUUUUGGACCAAAAACACAAUAUAUGCUUUUAAAUAAUAAUAAUAUGCAUUAAUAAAAUAUUUUUUUAACAAAAGGUAGCGCUUAAACCGCGAUUAAAAAAACGUAGCUCUUUA